AUGACGCUCCCAGAAGAAAACGAUGUGCUUUCCCAUACCGAGGAUGAGGCCACCGAUGACGAGGAGAUCGACGCCUCCCAGGAACCAUUACCCGUCGAGUACCCCGGGACGGUGAUUCCCGACCCCCACCCGGAGUCAAUUGACGCUGACCAGGACUUGACCGCCGAUAUCCCCGUCGACACCGACUACAUCGAGUUGAUCCACUUGCGGAUAUCGAGCCUUGAAGACCUCCACCUCGAACGGUUCCCCAAGCUUGAAGCCAUCAACUUACGCCAGAACUUUAUCCCCUCGAUCGUCGCCUUAAGUGGCGUCUCCGACACGUUGGAGGAGCUCGACUUGUACGAUAACCGCAUCAACCACAUCAGCAGCAGCAUCAAGCACUUGGUCAACCUCCAGAACCUUGACUUCAGCUUCAACAAUAUCAAAAACAUCAAGAACAUCGAGACGUUGGUCAACCUCGAGAACUUAUACUUUGUCCAAAAUAAGAUCAAGGAAAUCAAAGGGUUGGAAACAUUGACAAAGCUCAAAAACUUGGAAUUGGGCGGCAACCGCAUCGAGGAGAUCUCGGAAACGAUGCAUCUGCUCCCGUCGUUGACCCAGCUCUGGUUGGGUAAAAACCGCAUCCAAAGACUUCAAAACUUGGACCACCUUCACAACUUACGCAUCUUGUCCAUCCAAAGCAACCGGAUUACGAAGAUGGAAGGCUUGGACAAGUUGGUGAAUUUGGAGGAGUUAUACCUCAGCCAUAACGGUAUCGAGAAGAUCGAAGGCUUGGAGAACUGUACCAAGCUUCAAGUGCUUGACGUCACCCGCAAUCGCUUGACCCACCUUGAUAACCUCCAACACUUGACUCAACUCACCGACUUCUGGUGUUCUUAUAACAAGAUCUCCUCGUUUGAAAAUAUCGGCCAACAAUUGGGUAAACUUGCCGAGUUGGACACCGUUUAUUUCGAGGGCAACCCGGUGCAAACGGAAAACCCCACCGCCUACCGCCGUAAGCUUACCUUGUAUCUUGGCCCCAGUCUUCAAAAGAUCGAUGCCACUUACAUUAAGGCCUAA